CGCAAGUUCCUCAAAUUGAAGUUCCUGUCGUUCGCAAUGACCAUGUUGAUGUUCCAAUGUCACAACCAGAUAUUCUCUUGGAGUUUGAUCCUCUUUCACCUCCCCAUUCUAUACCGGCACAGUCACGGCGCACGAGAAGACCCCCCAAAUGGCUUGACCCAUAUGACCUUUCAUAAUCAUAGGUUGAUCCUUUUUAUUACCAUCAAUAAUUUUUGCCCACUCCUUCCAGGAGAAUAACGUUCCCCUAUUCCAAUGUAUGAAGAGGCGUCCCAGCGGGAAGAGAUGCAGGCGCCAAUUCAGAACAGAGGGGGCCUUAGACAGACACCAGAGGACAGUUAGCCACAAAAAUUCAAGCAACGCCACCAUGAGGGUUGUGACGUCUCAUCCCCAGGGGCGCAAUGUCCAAAAAGUAGUAACGGCCGAGAUUGAUAGUACCCCUCCUUCGGAGACAUUCUGGGAGUCUCUGGCCGAGUUGAGCUUGCCAGUGCCAAUGACUACGCCCGCCACGGUAGUGACCGCCCCGCAGACUCCGUCCAGUACAAUAAACACGCCGAAGUAUUCCGAUCCAGAAGACGCAGAGAGCGAUCAAAAACCUACACCUACACCAGCAGUAAUGCCAUCCCUUAGCCAGCCUAUCAUUGAGGAGGCCGUCAAAUCGCUGGCGCCAGCAGAGCUGCAGGCACUAGAAGCGGCAAUGGGGGUCGCUUGCCAGGAGAAAACGGCCGAAACGUUAGUAAAACUCAUGAACAACUUGGGCGUCAAAGUGACGGAAGUCGUACCCCAGAAGAAUGCAGCGACUCAGACAGAGGCAUGCGCCGCCUCUGACCCCCCUCCGGUAUGUGUCAAUGUGGCGCCCGCCUGUAGUACCCCUCCCCGGGAAGAAGUGCUGACCCCUCCCCCCAAGCCGCGGAAGAGGAAGGAACCCACCCAAACAGUGGCUAGAUAUAUGUCCAGAAGAGAGUACGUCAUCCCCAAAAAGCGACAACCCCUGGAACAACGCCUCAGGGAUGAAUUCGGCAUCCCGCCGAUGUCACCCCAGGGCCAGGCGGAGGAGGAACUACAGCAAGAGAUCGGGCCGAUCCCAAGCCUGGAUUGCGACAUUGAGGAAGGGCCCCAACUUGCCCCGCCAACAAUGGCAGAGAUGCAGGCAGCCGCCUGGAAGCCGUGUAAAUGAACAUUUGCAAUGCCAUAUGAGUGCUCAUGACAGUAUUACAUAAUAUUAAGCAGUUUUAUUAGAGACAGUGUUUAUUUUCAUUUCAAAGACAAGUUUUAUAGAUUUUAUAUAUAUUUUUAUAUUGACAUUUUGUUAUGUCGCCAUCAAAAGUGGUGACGUAUCUUGAUUUCGAAGUUUCUGUAAUGGCGGUUGGUGUCUGGCAUUUUGUGUCUGUAAUAAAUGGCAAGUGGCGACAUUUUUGCAUGUUCAUGCCCAGCAUAAAUGUGUCGUUAGGGAAGUGUGACACAUGUGUAAAUAUGUAAAGCAUAUAUCAUAUAUUAACCUUUUGUGCAAAAGUAUUUUUAAACGAAUGGUGCUUAAAUGUCAUCAGUAUUUUGAGUAUUGCUUCCAUUGGAUGAAAAGCACCUUAAACAUAACUUUUAUAUAAUCACAUUAUGUUCAUUUAUGUGUGAAACAACCAUUUUGGUGUUUCAAUAUAUAUUUUUAUAUUUUUAUAGCGCAAGGUAGCCUCUGAUCAUGGAAGAUCAGGUUUUCAAAGGAGGGGGUGGUGUAACGAACCAGAGGUCACGUUCGGUGUUUUAGUGCUAUUUUAUUGCGAACUUUUCAGCGUUCGCCACUGCGAUGCAUCAUCGCUAUUUUAUUUACUUUUUUAUACUUUUUGACCUCUGUUUCGUUAUCUCAUCUUACCCCGAUCAUUUAUUAAUUAAUUAGGGUAAUAAUAUUGCAUCGGGUCGCAACUUUGGUCAGUUUUUAGCAAGUUUAGUUGGUUCUUGUCCCUGGUCGAUCACGGAAAAUUCCGAAGGGGUCCGAAUGACGUCAUUUUUUGGUACAAAACAUUGGACGUCUGCUUGAACUGGGUCAUUCCGGGAAAUUCUGCUGAGGUUUUACUCUACUACAAAUUCUUCAUCACAUCUUAUAUUUGUCGGAGCUCGAGGCCUUCAAGGGAUCUUCAACUAUUCAACAAAGUAUACAUGGUGAGCGCAAUCUUUGAUAAGAAGCAUCACAAGUGAGACAACUUUUAUCUGAACGAUCAGUUUUGGCCUAGACUAUAAUUUAGCGAAAUUACUUUUACUUCUGAAAAUCAUUUCAAACUUAUAAGAAUCGGACAAGCUCUGAGUCCAUGGUUUUAUCUGAGUUAGCGACAAUAGUUGCCAUUCAGUGAUUAACCUGAGAAUUCAGUACUGAAAGAUUCUGAUUGAUCAUUUUGAUUAACUUGUAAUUAUUUCAAUUCAAUUAUCUUCAAUAAACCAAUCAUUAAUUCUGUCAAGUGUCAUAAUUUACCAUAUUGCAUUAAAAAUCGGACAAGCUCUGAGUCCAUGGUUUUAUCUGAGUUAGCGACAAUAGUUGCCAUUCAGUGAUUAACCUGAGAAUUCAGUACUGAAAGAUUCUGAUUGAUCAUUUUGAUUAACUUGUAAUUAUUUCCAUUCAAUUAUCUUCAAU